GAAGGAGACGGAGGCACUGUCUGUCCACCGCUAUGGCUGCCGCGUUGUCCAGCGCCUCCUCGAGCACUGCGCACCGCAUCAGGUGGAGAGCAUCAUGGUCAAAAUCUGCGAGGGCACCGCUAAGUUUGCGAAGGACCCGUUCGGCAACUACGUGGUGCAGCACAUGCUGCAGCACGGCCGCAAAGAAGACAAGAAACGCAUCAUUGCUAUCAUCCAGGCGCGCAUCUUGGAGUUCACCCAGCACAAGUGCUCCAGCAACGUUGUAGACAAGUGCUUUGAGGUGGCCACCAUCGGGGAGCACGCCCUGGCCCUGGAGGAGGAGCGCGCUUCGCUGACGCGCAUCGUGCUCGGCGAGGAGGGCGACGAGAACCCGCCCAUCAAGAGCAUGAUGUUUGACAGGUUCGGAUCGCACAUCCUCCAGCACAUGCUGGAGCACAGCAGGGGGCCUGAGCGCGAGGAGCUCAUCAGCAGGCUGAAGCAGGAGGAGCCCCGCCUGAAGAGCUCGGCGGCGGGGCGGCGUCUGGUGAACUCGCUCUCCGGCGCCUGAGGCCGGGCAACAAAAAGUGCCGGCGGCUCCGCGCAGAGGGCGUCCCGACCCGGGGGGGCAUCGCGUCUCCCGAUCGAGGACGAAGCGCGGACAGGGGGUCUGGCCCACGUCGCGGAGAGACCAUGAUGGCCAGAUGCCCGGGCGCGGCCCAGGGCGCACCGGGCUCUCGCGAGGCCACCUCCGCGCCCGGGCCUUGAGCUGCGGGAGGGCUGGUGGAACGCACGAUCUUGCCUCCCAAUACAGACGAGUAGAAAUUGUUUGAAGAGCGUGGCCGCUGCGACUCUGGCUCUGAGUCGCCCUAGGGAUGCCGACUGCUGCAAGCACUCGCUGGCGCCAGCCUGGUGCCCGUCGGACAUACAGUGGAAGUCCGAGCAUACAGUUCGGACGAGCGUCGGUGCAGCCAGCGGGAAGAUCAUGCAGUCUAGACGUACGGAUUACAGAGGCCUGAGGACUUUGAAAACAUCGCCGUAGCAAAACGAGCUCGAGAGGGGCGUGAUCUUGCCUCCCCCUCCUCCUCCUUGCGCCUCUGCGUGCUCC